AUGUCACUAUGGCUUUCGGUGUCUUUGACAGAUCUCAAGAGGUGGUUACCACAGUACACUUCGUCUUCCAAAGUGGAGCGUAUGGGUCUGCUUGCUGCUAUCCUCCCUGCUCCCCCUAGUCAAGAUAUUUGCGUGGAGCUCGACAACCAGGCAAUUGUGAUCCAAUAUCAACAGCUUGUCGAAUCUCGGCACCAUACGUUGCCUAGUAAACGUCUUCGAUUACUAGAGCAGCUAGGGUGGCUUCCGCAUCUUGGAAAGUCGAUCUCAGCACUCAAUCUGGGACCCAACACUGUACGCUUUCAAGGCCAAUUGGCUGAUAAUGCCAAGGAUACUGCAGCCCGGUGCCACCAUACCAAGAAGCUACAUGGUAUGCUACCUACCCUCAAUGUUAUACAAGCUAGAAAACCCUUCUUUACCCAGAUCGAGUUUGCUGUGUCGGGCCGUGCAGCCACUACCAAAUACAACAAGGGCCACAAGAACACGAACCUGAGGUGGGUCAACCUUGAUCGAGACUUGCAUUUAUAA